CUAAUUUCAAACUUCCCUUACAGUUUUAAAGGUCCCUGAUCCUCUGCAACCAUGAUCAAAUUGUUAAGUGUUGCCAUUUUUGCCGCAUUGUUCUUGGAAAGCCACCAGUGGAUUCCCGUUCCAGGAGAUCCAGAAGAUCCAAUAGGUCCAGAAGAUCCAGAAGAUCAAGUGUGCUGGACCGACUGGUUUGACCGUGACAAUCCCAGUGGCUCAGGGGACUGGGAGCCUUUGAGUAACCUGAGGAGAGAAAACCCGGGAAAGAUCUGUGAAUACCCUCUGUCCAUUGAGGUCGUUACCACGGACACGAUGACCCCAGCCAUCUCCACAGGGCAGACCUUCUAUAUGUAA